CCCAAAAUAGGAGUUUGAAUUCCUAUUGUACCCCUUCCCAUUUAUGGUUUUCUUUUCUUUCGUUCUGUCAUACGUAUUCCAUCCCUACUCCUCAUCCCAUAUCUCCUCUCUCCUUCCCAUUCCUAUUCUUGUCAUGCCAUGUAUUUUUUCCUUUUCCCUUCACUAAUUCACUUUGGGAAGACCUUCAACUAUCCUGUGGGAUUCGAAGAUGCUUGAACAGAUCUAAAAUUCUUCAUACAUCGGGUGGAUUUGAAGACGCAAUGUAUAAAUCUAUAGAUCUCCCUUCUGUAGAUCUAAAAAAAUCAUUCAUCUUAUGGAAUUUAGAGGCAGCACAAGAGACGACGUUUCUCCCCACCUCCGGCCAACGUUCUUAUUUUAGAGGCAAUGGACGGCGAUUCAGAGGCAGUGCCUCAAUGGAUGGCCGACCCGCAAAUUUCAAUGAUGGUGUCCAAUUGAAAGGCAUGUUUUCUUCCACUUCUGUUUUCUUCUAUUUUUUUAUAUUCUCCAUUAAUUGUUUUAUUUACUUUGGAAAUUUUGGAUUUUAAAACUUCAAUGGCAUGUGAUUGAAAAAAAAAUUAGAUUUAGUUUUUAAAUCUCUAAAUUUAUUUACUUUGCAUCUGAAAAUCCCACUUUAAUGAAAUUACAAUUUUUAUAAUGCCAUAUUUUUUGAGCUAUUUGAUAAAUAAUUCCAUUUUACAUGUAAAAGAUUGCACCCACUAUAUCAACUUGGACUUGGCUCUUUUGCCUCUGAAUGACCACUGAUCGAAACAGUUUGGAAUUGGUUUUAAAAAUUUAAAAAUUAAUCAAUUUGCAUAUGAAAAUACAACUUUUGUGAAAUUACAUUUUUUAUAAUGCCAUAUUGCUAUGUUCUACGAAAUUUUUGGCAAAUAAUGUCAUAUACAUGUACAAAGAUGGCAUUCACUUUAAUAAGUUGAAACUUUGUGUCAUGUUUUACACCUACAAAUGUCAUGUUUUUAUACGAUAAUGUCAUUUUUAUUUUAACUUGGCAAUACAUAUUCAUAGUUCAACACCUUUAUGAAGAAGACAAUCUAGCUAGCUAGAGGUCGGAAAUUGAAUCGCGAGAUGAGGAGGCAGAUGCUUUUAAAGAGUUGGCUGUGGCGGUGGAGGAGAUGGCGGUGGUACGGGAUGACAUGGUUGUGAUGGAAGACAUGGCAGAUCUAGAGUUGGAAUCGCCAGAGUCAAGCGGUGGGGAAGCAGAUUGGCGACGCAACAACACUAGAUGACAUUGGUGACGGUCUGUGGUGGUGCCGCUGGAGAGAACGGAGACGGCCGGUGGCGGUGCCGCCGGCGAUGAUGGAGUCCGGCACCAGAUCUGAUUUGGUCAUACGACUGCAUCUCUGUAAAUUUAAUUUUGUUUUUCUUUUUUCUUUUUUGCUUUAUCAUACAGAAUACAAAUGGCACCAGAUUUUUAAAUUUAAUUUAAUUUCUGGUGCCGCCGACGAUGAUGGAGUCCGGCACCAGAGUCAAGAGGUGACAUUUAUAAUUAUUCGGACAACUCAGGGGUGAAAUUUAGAAAACCCGAAACACGGGUUUGGGAUUUCAAUAUGGUGGAUAAUUGAGGGGUCAAAUGUGCGAUUUUCCCUUAUUUAUAUAUAUUGAAGAUAUGGAUCACUCAAAUGAUAAAAAGCUAUGUCUGAUAGACAGCGCCACAACGCAC